CUUUUUGAACGCUUUUUGCAGCGAUGCUCGAUGUCACAUCCAGUCUCCGCCACCGCUUGCCAGUGUCCAUGGCAAUGGUGCGCCAAUUAUGUGGUGAACUCCAGGCAGCAUUAGGCCUUCAGCCUCGUCGUGUUGCGCUGGGCGUGCACUUUGUAGGCGAAACACGCAUGAAGGCGCUCGUCGCACAAGCACAAAGCCACGAGCUGGCGUCGGCUCAACCGCCACCCAGAUCUGCACGCCCGACAGACAUUCUUGCCUUUGGCAAUCCGAUGGAUGUGGCUGCUGAUGGACUGCACAAGCACCCGGCGUCAUCUCUCGAGGAAAUGAAGAAGUGCAACCUAGCUUGGAAAUCUGCGUACGGCGACCCCGUGCGGGACAUUGGAGAGCUCUUUCUCUGUCCUGCUGUGAUUGAGCGCGAUUGUCUCAAAGAUCAAGUCACGUUCGAAGGCCGCCUGCCGGUAUUACUUGCGCAUGGGUUGUGUCACUUGUUAGGCCAUGACCAUGACACCAUGCGCACAUCUGCCCAGAUGUUUCAACUCGAGCAGCAACUCUUACAGGCUGUUUCUCCACACACGGGAAAGCUUCUCCAACCACUGGCACGCUACACAAACGAAUCCGACCAGCUAGCCAAGCAUUAAAGCGAGCAAUUCAAUAAAGUACUGUAGAAGAUGCGCCACGACUGUGCAGUGCCAACAAUGACAAACGGAGUCGAGGAACGAUCAGGA